AUGAGUUUGAAUACCUCGUUGGUUUUCUUGUUGAUCCUCACCGCGAGUAUCGACAAGACUGCUGCUCAGCACGACAAGUGUAGUAACAACAAAUGUUGUUCACAAGGAGGUGGAGGGGGAUACAAGGAAAUUAACGACGCUCGUCGCAGUGUCAAGAAUCAUUUCAAAGCAGGUCAAAACGCUAUCUGCGACAUUGCGCUCCCUUGGGGAUGGUAUCGAUUCACAAGUUAUGUUGGAGGCAAAAUGCCCAUACAAAUGGUACCGCGAAUGAGAUGUGGAACAGUACAUCCAGUGUGGAUGAAUGGUUCCCUUCCUACAAGAACUGAUGGAGUUGUCGACCACAAGGCAUGCAUCAAUUUCUUCGGCAUAGGCUGCUUUGUCAGUUUACGAAUAAAGGUUAAAUUCUGCGUAGGAAGCCCCGAUUUCUUUGUGUACUAUCUCGGACCAACGUAUUCUUGCUCUUUAGCGUACUGUGCCGGCUUCAGGAAACCGUGUCCGCCUGGUCAAACUGGCAAUCCAUGCAAACCUGUUAAAAUAACUCCACCGAGAAUAUUCGACAGUAACAACCUAGGAACGCCAUCGAUUCAAGUCAUAUCUGGAGAACAAGCGGUUGCGGUCUCGCUCCUUUGCAAAGUUGAUCUCCUUCAAGGCAUUGAACAGCGAGAUGACGUUGAAUAUAAGAUUGAAUGGACUUCAGAGGGUAAAACCUUACGUAUUAAGUCCAGAUGCGAUCAGAAGGACAGGAUACCAUGUCCUAACACAAACUCCAUCGUAUCCACACUGAUUGGAUUUACUGACUACCUCGCGGGAAUAUGGGUUUCUUGCAGAGUUUCCGCAAAGUAUAAAGACCCCGGCAGUAAAUGGUCCACUCCAAAAGACGUUAAGAAACCUUUUUUCGCCGGGAUUGAGGUCUCUCCAACCACUCUAAGAAUUGAUCUGAACGCCUGCAGUAAGCAAAAAGGCAACAAGAUUACAAUACGUCCAACCAUUCCUGCGAGGCUAGACCCAGUUACGAACAGCUACUCCAGGGCAAGAUUUAUACUACCAGAAAAAGGAUUAAAGCUUCGGAUUAAAGAUCGGAGCACUAACCAAAAUUGCUUAAGUACUGAAUUUAAGCUCCAAGGAACAGAUCCUGUUGAUGUGGAAGUCGUACCAGAUUGCACUGCCCUGGAAAAAGAUACUAAAUCAACUAAGGUGAUCGUUGUUAAGAUGAUGCCCAAUAAUAAGUUUUGGCAGAAAACUUUCGUACGCACUAUAUGGGUUUCCAUUAUAAUGACUCACGUAGAGCAGUGUAAGGCCUAUACGGAUCCACACUACCACGCCAUGGAAAAGUUAGGGACUACCAGGAGAUUUGAUUUCAUGGGCCAUGGAGAUUUUGUCUUAUACAGAAAUCAAGAAAAAAACUUUGAGGUCCACACAAGACAGUGGGCGUGUAACCGUCGUGGAGUGACAUGCAACUGUGGGGCAGUUCUUAGAGAUCACAAUGAUGUCAUUGAAUUUAACUGUUGCAACAAGGACCUGAUGUUUCAAAAUACACACCCUACACCCUUGCAAGUCAAAUUACGAAGCAAAAAGUGCCUGAGGCCGGGAAUUCACUUAGCGAAAAAAUUCAACGGUGGAAAUAAUGACUACACGGUGAUUUUUCCAACGGGAGUGCAAGUGGAUAUCGUGCGAAAUUAUUGGGGAAUCGAUGUCACCAUUAUCACUCAACGAGCAAAAUCACGCAAUGACGAGUCUGGUAUCUGCCUGUACGAAAAAGGGAGCAUCCAAAGUUAUGGUGAACAGCAAAGACUGCAGCCCGGUACAAGCUAUUUUGAUACACUUCCCCCAAAUAUAGAUGAUACUACGGCGGACUAUGCACCGUUAUGUAGUGGACAGGCUUCAUUUCAUGUUCCAACUUUCAUAAAACGUAGAAAAACAACGUUCACUCUGUGCGACCUUAUAAAAAAGAGAGAAGUAUAUUACUCUGAUGAGUUGACCGCUGAAGAUUAUGAAUUAUUUAAAAAGCUUCCUCCGUCUGAGAACCGUCAUCGCUUCGGGAGAGCAUUACCUGCCACUGUGAUCCCCCUCAAAAAUGCAACUAAUUACUGUGUUGAGAGGAUAGCGAAUAGCAAAGUUGGGAAAAUUUGUGCAAAUCAGGGCGUUGAUGUGCAAUCAUUUGUGGACAGCUGUUCUCUUGAUAUCUCGUUAACAGGUGAUCAUUCGUUUGCUAUGGGCAUUGUUUCUAUGUUAACAAAUGAAUGCGGAUAUGUAACCGCAAUUAAUGCGUCGUCAGCCAAUUCAAAUGAAAGCAGCGAUGGAAGAGAAAGAGUGGGCUCCUUACAGAAGGAGAUUUCGGAACUCCUUUGUCCGAAUGAUUGUGCUUUCAAUGGCGAUUGUGUCAAUGGUUCUUGCGUUUGCUACAAGGACUACACUGCAGAGGACUGUUCCAUUUCUCUCUACCAAAAGCCAAGCAUCUCAAAAUUGCAAAGAGAUGGUUUGUGUGAUCGACGAAUUCGCCCCUGUAAGAAAGUCACAGUGAUGGGAACUGGAUGGCUUAACUCUACAAAUUUAACUUGUCAUUUAAUAGAGUUUAAGGUUGUAAACAGUUCGUGGAAUCCAAAAACAAGGGAGCUUAGGUUUCCUGGGAUCAUGGUCGACUUGCUUCUCGUAGAUUGCUUCCUACCAGACUCACCAGUAAAGCAAGGCUUUUUCGACGAAAAUAUCGGCGGAACUCCUGCUGCGGGACUAAAAGUAUCUGUGUCUAACGACGGUGUUCACAAAAGCAAUCAAAAUUUGAUCCUUAUUUCCUACGACUCAGCUUGUAUGGCGUGCAAUGUAUCAAACGGAUGCUAUCUUAAGGAUAAUUCGUGCUUCAUUAACAAUUAUUGUUUCGCUCCGAACGAAGUACAUCCUGGUGACUGGUGUUUUCAGUGUCUUCCCGAUGUUGAUAAAAACACUUGGACGAAACGGCAAGUCAACCAUCCACCUAAUAUUACGUCUCGCAAGGAUUACUACGCGUUAUAUGGCGAAAACCUCGAAUUGGUGUUUGAUGUAGUUGAUCCCGAAGGCAUGCCUGUCAUUAUUUCACUGUUGGGUGGAGGCCCCAAAGAUGCAAUGCUAAGAGACAACAUUCUUCACUGGAACGUCACCUCAGACAGAAUCACCAUAUUUCACUUACUAGCAACAGACAUCUGCAGCGCCUCGACCACUUUUAACAUUACUAUUUCCUUAGUUAACUGCCAAUGUCAAAAUAACGGAAGUUGUUCGCCAGUUGCACCAAGAGGAUCAGGUUUUUACUUGUGCGAAUGCCCACCUGGAUUCACAGGGGCGAAAUGCGAGACAAAUAUUGAUGAGUGCCAGACUUAUCCAUGUGUCCAAGGCCUUUGCACCGAUGGUAUCAACAAUUACAGUUGCCGAUGUGACCCAGGUUAUGUGGGAAGACACUGCGAUCAAAAUCAGGAUGAGUGUGCUUCGUCGCCUUGUGUAAACGGCAGUUGCACUGACCUGGUCAAUGGAUAUAUCUGCAAUUGUCACCCAGGAUACGUUGGUACUCACUGUGAUGAGAAUGUCGAUGAGUGCCUGUCAUAUCCUUGCUUUUACGGGACGUGUUUUGAUCAAAUUAAUGAUUACAAAUGUCUAUGUAAAGCUGGCUACACUGGAAAAGACUGUGACGUAAAUAUUGAUGAGUGUCAGUCAUCUCCAUGUAUUAACGGAAAUUGCACUGAUCAGGUGAAUGGCUUUAAUUGUCGCUGCCAAACAGGAUUCAGUGGUGCACGGUGCGAGUAUAACAUUGAUGAUUGUCUCCCGGUAUCUUGUGGAAAUGGAACGUGUAUUGAUCUCCUGAACAAUUACAGCUGUAUAUGUAAAGUUGGGUACACCGGGAAACACUGCGAAAUCCCUAUCACGCGUUGUAACAGAGACUCUUGUUAUCCUGGUGUGCAAUGUACAGAAAUAUCACAUUCGAUUUCUUGUGGCCCUUGCCCCACUGGUUUUACUGGGGAUGGAAAAAAUUGCAGAGAUAUCGAUGAUUGUCAUAAUCAUACCUGUCAAAACGGUGCAUCCUGCGUUGAUGGUGUCAAUGAUUACUCGUGUACUUGUGUGAUAGGCUUCACUGGAUCUAGUUGUAAAAUUGACAUUGAUGAUUGCCAUAAUCAUACCUGCCAAAACGGUGCAUCCUGUGUUGAUGGUUUUAAUGAUUACUCGUGUGCAUGCGCACAAGGCUUUACUGGACAAAGUUGUGAAACAAAUAUUGAUGAUUGUCGUAAUCAUACCUGCCAAAACGGUGCAUCCUGUGUGGACGGAGUUAAUGGUUACUCGUGUACUUGUGUGGUAGGCUUCUCUGGAUCUCGAUGUAAAAUUGACAUCGAUAAUUGUGUCAAUCAUAAAUGUGGUAAUGGUGGAACAUGUGUGGAUGGUAUUAAUUCUUACUCGUGUAGAUGUGUGGCGGGAUUCACUGGAAACCAUUGUCAAAAUAACAUCGAUGAUUGUCAUAAUCAUACCUGCCAAAACGGUGCUUCCUGUGUUGAUGGUGUUAAUGAUUACUCGUGUGCUUGCAUGGCAGGCUUUACUGGAUCUAGAUGUGAAACUGCAAUAUCCAGCGUAAAUGAACAGUCAUCCCGAAAGACUUCUCCAGGUCCAUCAGAGUCAAAAGCGACACCUUCCAAAACCAGUGCACCAGUCAUUGCUACGACCACGCGCGGGUUUGAAACAAGUUUCAUUAGUGUGAGAAUAUCGCAGACAAUAAAUCCUUCGUCACCUUCAAGAGAGGUGCGCAUUACUUCAUCAAUCAGGCUUCCAAAUGCCUUGUCAAGCCAAACAGCCUUUACAACACCAAAACCUGACGCACCACGCACAGAUAAACCAGCUACAGAGAAAAUAACAACAGGUGCAUUCGAGACUGAAGAACCAGAGACAGAAGAAGCAGCCAUCGAGGAAAGCAGGACAGGUCGUUGUUUAGUCCAUCACUUUAUAACAGAGCUCAUCAUGGAAUUACAUGUGGACAUGACCUGGAAUGAUGAAUUGAAUGACAAAAGCAGUGCAGCUUUCAAAGACCUGUCUCGAGAAUUUGAAAAAGAGAUUCAGCAGCAAUAUUCCAAAGAUGAUAACUUUGUUGCUGUAAGAAUUCUAUCAUUCAGAAAAGGAAGUGUUGUGGUGGAAUUCAAGUUAAAAUUUAAGGGGAAGCUAAAAACUGAAGAAGCGUUAGCACCACUUAAAGAGGGAAUAAAAGAUGGCAGAAUGGGCUCCUUGAGAGUUGAUCCUGAGUCCUUAAGAGUUAAAAAUGGCAGAGAAGAAACUACAAAGCCAAAGAUUUCCUUGGCAAUGGGAAUUGGCAUUACAUGUGGAGGAGUUUUUUUUCUUGCUCUCAUUUUAAUUUACCUUGUUCGUUACUGCAAGCGACGCAAUGGUAAAAUCCAAAGGCGUAGUUCAGAUGGUAUGCCCACAGAAGUUUCCCUCCCAAAUCUUGCAACUUACGCUUUAAGGGAUGAGAAGGAAGGCAAUGCUCGUUAUGAAGAAAUACCAGUCUCCAACGUUGGAUACAACCAGUACGAGACACUGGGCAUCUCGAAUGAAGCCGUGCAAAACGAGAAGCCGGACGCCCCGAGUUCAAGUACUAAUCCUCCUAAAGAUUUGGGUAUUCUAAAUAAAGCCGUUUCCUACGACGAAAUAAAUAUCUAGAUUAACGCAUGAAAUGUCCUCCUCUAUCAGACAGAGGAGGUACGCACUCUUCCCCCAAAAAAACGAACGGAUAAGUCAAAGAUAUCGGAUUUUCACCUUUUUGCUUGCGUUUUAGUUGUUUUUCAAAAAGGCAGAGAGGAAUUUUGUGUCAUUUCUUUCGCAUAUAGCUUGAAAUAUACCAGAAGUGCUUUUUUGUAUCUAUUAUAUAGUUAGAUAAUUUUGAGCCAUUAGGGAAUUGUAUGCCCGAUCUUCGUUUAUGUUCUUCAAAUUCCCUUUAAUGUACCACCAAGAUUUCGUGAUAUUGAUUAUUGGUAUACUUUCUUUUAAUUACUUCACUGUAAAGGUUUACUGCUCUAUCGCUGAUAAAACCAACUUGUGUGUAUGUCUAUGGAGUAAAGAAAAAAAUUGCAGUUUUAAAGAAUAUUAUACGGCGGAUUUUUACGGAAUUACUAGUUAGAAAAUUGUGAUCGGUUGCUUUUUUCGAUAUUUUACUGUACUUUUUGUUUAUAGA